UGGGCGAGCAAGCGGCGAGCGGAGCGCGCAGCCCUCGCGGCCCGGGAGCCGGAGCGCGCCCCACCCGGGGAGGCUGCCCUCCUGCCGGCGGCCGAGCGCAGCGGGACGGAGAUGCUGCUCCUCGCCCCGGGCCCGGCGCGGGGGAGGGGCCGCGGGCGGCCGGCGGGGGCGCCCCGCGGCGGGCUCUCGCCGCCCUGGAGCCCCGCCUGGAUUUGCUGCUGGGCGCUCGCCGGCUGCCAGGCGGCCUGGGCUGGGGACCUGCCCUCCUCCGCCAGCCGCCCGCUUCCUCCUUGCCAGGAGAAAGAUUACCACUUUGAAUAUACAGAAUGUGAUAGCAGUGGCUCCAGGUGGCGAGUUGCCAUUCCGAAUUCUGCGGUGGACUGCUCUGGCCUGCCUGACCCAGUGAGAGGCAAAGAAUGCACUUUCUCCUGCGCUUCUGGAGAGUAUCUAGAAAUGAAGAACCAGGUAUGCAGUAAGUGUGGCGAAGGCACCUACUCCUUGGGCAGUGGCAUCAAAUUUGAUGAAUGGGAUGAAUUGCCAGCUGGAUUUUCCAAUGUUGCGACAUUCAUGGACACUGUGGUCGGCCCUUCUGACAGCAGGCCAGAUGGCUGUAACAACUCUUCUUGGAUUCCUCAUGGAAAUUACAUAGAGUCAAAUCGUGAUGACUGCACGGUAUCUUUGAUUUAUGCUGUACACCUUAAGAAGUCGGGUUAUGUCUUCUUUGAGUACCAGUAUGUCGACAACAACAUCUUCUUUGAGUUCUUUAUUCAAAAUGAUCAGUGCCAGGAGAUGGACACCACCGCUGACAAGUGGGUAAAACUCACUGACAAUGGAGAAUGGGGCUCCCACUCUGUAAUGUUGAAAUCAGGCACAAACAUACUAUACUGGAGAACCACAGGCAUCCUUAUGGGCUCUAAGGCAGUCAAGCCAGUGUUGGUAAAAAAUAUCACAAUUGAAGGGGUGGCAUACACAUCAGAAUGCUUUCCAUGCAAGCCGGGUACCUUCAGCAACAAACCAGGUUCAUUCAACUGCCAAGUUUGUCCCAGAAACACCUAUUCGGAGAAAGGAGCCAAAGAAUGCAUAAAGUGUGCAGAGGACUCCCAGUUUUCAGAGGAAGGGUCCAGCGAGUGUAUGGAGCGCCCUCCCUGUACCAUGAAAGACUAUUUCCAGAUCCACACUCCAUGUGAUGAAGAAGGAAAGACUCAGUUAAUGUACAAGUGGAUAGAGCCCAAAAUCUGCCGGGAGGAUCUCACAGAUGCUAUUAGGUUGCCCCCUUCUGGAGAGAAGAAGGAUUGUCCCCCUUGCAACCCUGGAUUUUAUAACAAUGGAUCAUCUUCUUGCCAUCCCUGCCCUCCUGGAAUGUUUUCAGAUGGAACAAAGGAAUGUAGACCGUGUCCAGCAGGAACCGAGCCUGCACUUGGGUUUGAAUAUAAAUGGUGGAAUGUCCUUCCCGGCAACAUGAAAACUUCCUGCUUCAAUGUCGGAAAUUCCAAGUGUGACGGCAUGAAUGGUUGGGAGGUGGCUGGAGAUCAUAUCCAGAGUGGGGCUGGAGGUUCUGAUAAUGAUUACCUGAUCUUAAACUUGCAUAUCCCAGGAUUUAAACCACCCACCUCUAUGACUGGAGCCAUGGGUUCUGAACUGGGAAGAAUAACAUUUGUCUUUGAGACCCUCUGUUCUGCCGACUGUGUUCUGUACUUCAUGGUGGAUAUUAAUAGAAAAAGUACGAAUGUGGUGGAAUCAUGGGGUGGAACCAAAGAAAAACAAGCUUACACCCACGUCAUCUUCAAGAAUGCAACAUUUACAUUUACAUGGGCAUUCCAGAGAACUAAUCAGGGUCAAGAUAAUAGACGGUUCAUCAAUGACAUGGUGAAGAUUUAUUCUAUCACUGCCGCUAAUGCAGUUGAUGGGGUGGCGUCCUCAUGCCGUGCCUGUGCCCUCGGUUCUGAACAGUCGGGCUCAUCGUGUGUCCCCUGCCCCCCAGGCCACUACAUUGAGAAAGAAACCAACCAGUGCAAGGAGUGUCCACCUGACACCUACCUGUCCAUACAUCAGGUCUACGGCAAGGAGGCUUGUAUUCCAUGUGGGCCUGGGAGUAGAAGCACUCAGGACCACUCAGUUUGCUAUAGUGACUGCUUUUUCCACCAUGAAAAAGAAAAUCAGAGUUUGCACUAUGACUUCAGCCACCUCAGCAGCGUGGGCUCCUUAAUGAAUGGCCCCAGCUUUACCUCCAAAGGAACGAAAUACUUCCAUUUCUUCAAUAUCAGUUUAUGUGGGCAUGAGGGGAAGAAGAUGGCUCUCUGUACCAACAAUAUAACAGACUUUACAGUAAAGGAAAUGGUGGCAGGGUCAGAUGACUACACGAAUUUGGUAGGAGCAUAUAUAUGCCAGUCUACUAUUAUUCCUUCUGAAAGUAAGGGUUUCCGAGCAGCCUUGUCAUCACAAUCCAUCAUUCUGGCAGACACAUUUUUAGGAGUGACAGUUGAAACUACAUUGCAGAAUAUUAAUAUAAAAGAAGAUAUGUUCCCAAUUCCACCUAGCCAAAUACCAGAUGUGCAUUUCUUUUAUAAGUCUUCUACAACUACAACGUCUUGUGCUAAUGGCCGAUCAACUGCUGUGAAAAUGAGGUGUAAUCCUGCUAAAGCAGGAGCAGGAGUGAUUUCAGUCCCCAGCAAGUGCCCAGCAGGCACCUGUGAUGGAUGUACAUUCUAUUUCCUGUGGGAGAGCGCUGAAGCGUGCCCUCUGUGCACAGAGCAUGACUUCCAUGAGAUUGAAGGAGCCUGUAAGAGAGGAUUUCAGGAAACCUUAUAUGUAUGGAAUGAACCUAAAUGGUGCAUUAAAGGAAUUUCUUUGCCUGAGAAAAAGUUGUCAACCUGCGAAACAGUUGACUUUUGGCUAAAAGUGGGAGCAGGUGUGGGAGCUUUCACAGCUGUUUUGCUGGUGGCUCUAACUUGCUACUUCUGGAAAAAGAAUCAGAAACUGGAGUACAAAUAUUCCAAAUUAGUAAUGACGACUAACUCAAAAGAGUGUGAACUUCCAGCUGCAGACAGUUGUGCUAUCAUGGAAGGAGAAGAUAAUGAAGAGGAAGUUGUAUAUUCCAAUAAACAGUCAUUACUGGGAAAACUCAAAUCCUUGGCAACAAAGCGAGGAUACCGUUGCUAUGGAAUAACAAAUGUACAGUGAUUGUCAAGAACUGAGAUUUUACUCUACUUGCAAGCUAACAAGUGAGCCUGCCACAGCUUUAUGGGCACUUUAGAAGACAUGAGACUUCUGGUCAGAGAUAUGGGACAGUUCAGCACUCAGAGCAGAAAGACUUGCCAGAGUAUCAGCAUUUAUACCAGUUUCCAAAGCCCCACUUCGCACAGCUCUGUGAACAGGAGCAAAUGACCCUUGCACUCAGGGGCUUGCACUGCAGGAAAGGAACACUAAGCUUUGGCAACCUGAAUCUUUUAGAAUGGGCAGUAAGCAUGCCUACCCUUUGCUCCAAAGGGAGAUAUUAUUGUUAUUUUACUAGACAGGUAGUGUGCCUGUGCAAUGCUCCAGAGGGAGACACUAUUUCCAAGACUGUAAGCAAACCUGCCCUUUGCUCUGGAAGGAGACAAUAUCUUUAUCUUCCAAGGCUGCUUUCUAUACAAAGAGCCUCGAAAAGAUAGUCUAGAACAAAGAGGAAUCAGUGUGUCGCUCAUAAUAUGUACAGAAAUGCAAGAGAACCAUGGAGAAUUGUCUCCCAACAUUAUCCAAAUCUUGUUUCUACACCAUCUUGCCUUCUGGUGAAUUUUCCCAUUAGUAUACCACUCCAUUGACCACUCUGAUUAAUCUGCCUGACUGAGGCUGGGAUCAAAUGCAGUCAAUUUGCUGCAUACAGCAUUUAAAUAAAGCUACUACCAACAGGACACCAAACACCAAACUGUCUUGGCCCUCAAGGAGGAAGUAUAGAGCAGUUAUAUCGUCCAUGACAAUGAAGGAACAGUGAGUUGAUGUUGACCUGAAUGCCUUUAAAGGCUGAAGUGGUGUCAUUCAUUACUUCAGCUAAAGUCAGAGACAAAUUUUGUAUCUCCUUUUUUAAUUGAAUGACUGCCCCUAGGGUGAAGAUGAAUAACAAGUCAGUUAUCCUUCCAGAAACCUCCUCUGAGUAACCAAGGGUAGUCUCAUUUUGAAAAGAUCUUUGCAGUUGUCUAAGGGUACCUGAUCUAUCGGGGAUGUUUCCAUAAACAGCUGAAUUAUGACCACUCCUAGGGUGCAAGCACAAGCCACCACGGUUUUAGGAGAGAAGUUAAUGCCUGGCUGCUACACAAGAAGUACAGUCCUGAAGGACACAUGGUGCCUCUGGAAAGCAAGUGUUAUUUACAAUUGUUGGGGACACCAAGUGGGACCUACAUUAGUUAGGCUGCAAAGGUUGACAGUGCCUGCAGCCUCCUUGCUGGGUAGUAAACCUUAGGGUUCCCAAUUCACCUCAUAUAAUUGUGUCUCUUCUUUGUCUUUGGAGAGACUGCUUGAGGGCAGUCAAUUUAACUUUUCCUGUUUGUCCGUGCUGCAAACUGGGUGGUAUUUGUCCACACCAUGGAAUGACUGAGCGAUGGCAAUGGGAAUGGAGGUGCUGAUUGUUGUUAUUUUGGGGGCAGAAGCUGGGGCUGUCCCCUGCUGUUUCUGAUAGAUUUCUCAGUAAGUUUGAGGGGAAUGAUAACCAAAUUGUGGUUAGAGCUUCUGGUGGGUAUGGUCAGCCCAGUAGUCAGUUAAA